AUGACUGAUGCCUUUUUGGGCUGCGAGGUGUCAGUGGAGGUGGGUGGUGGUCUUGGAUGCCUUAAUGAAGUCACGAUUAGUGCUUGCGACAUCAAGGACCUGAAGAUUAUUGCUCGCCCCAGUGAAACAAUGAUGCAAGUGUCUAAUGCUGAAGGAAAAUCCAGCAUGCGGUAUUCUGCCCAGCGUCAGGCACAGCAGUCAUUCCAAAAGGUACAUGAUGGACAGGAACAGAUCAUUCCAAAGCCACAACAGCAGCAGACGACAGGUAAUGGGCUGAACUUAGGGGGAGGUGAGACACCGCAACAAGCAAAACGGAAGCCUCGCACAUCUGUUGGAGAAACCUUGGCACAUGGCACACACUCUUCAACAUCAAGGGACCAAGGGAAUGAUUGGCAACGCCCAUACCAGCCUUCCUAUAUGUCCCAUGAAUACAGCUCUCCAAGGCGGAAUGACAAAUAUGGCAAUGACUCCUCCAGGACCCCAGGCAAGAGGGAACGCAGGCGUAACAGGGAUGAGACCACGUUUGGCACCCCCAUUGAUGACGACAUGCUCAGCACCGAGUUUGAUUUUGAGAAGAACCUAGCGCUCUUUGACAAACAGGCUGUGAUAGAAGAAAUACAGAGUCUCAAGCCAGAUGUGGUUCGUCAGGCAGAUAGAUAUACAGAAAAGAAAUAUAGAUGUGAUGAGAAUGUGCUGCCAUCGAAAUUUCGCAUGGAUGACUUCACAAAUUUAUAUAACAAAUGCAGAUUGUGGACUGCUGGUACCUUCUCAUGGCCUCACUCACUCACGUCAACUGGAGAUCAUCGGACGGCUGCCACAGAGGUCAUUCUUUCUUUGAGUGGAGGCAAUCAUAGGCUAGGACCAGGCAAUAGCCAUCAGCCACCUGUUGUAGUGUUGCUGUGUGGCUGUCAUGUGCAAGGAGCUGCAGGAGUGAAUGCAGCCAGGCAGUUGGAGAGUCAUGGUGUCAGGACUGUCGUCGUCACACCACAGCUGCCCACUUCACCCCCACCGUCUCUGCUGCUCACCCAUGAGUUGCAGCUGUAUGCCCUCACUUCAGGCCGCACUGCUUCUGAUCCAGGUGGCAUUCCGGCCACUGUUGAUCUGAUUGUGGAUGCCAGACUGGACCAUAGUGGGAGAGCAGGAGAGGGAGGCUCUGGGCAUACCUGGCUCACUUCAACAACAAGGUGGGCCUCAAAUUCCCGAGCUCCAAUUCUUGCUCUAGACCCACCCAGUGACUUGGCUGCCAUCCCAUCCACCCAGCCGCCCCUUCUAGCUCGAGUCUUGCUCUGUCCAUCCCUUCCCCUUGCUUAUAAUCCAGCAAGGGGCAAAGUCUACCUUAUAAAUGUACCCAUCCCCCAGCAGACCUUCAAUGCUGUGGGAAUUAAGUACGUCUCACCAUUCGGAGCUAAGCUGGUCAUUCCACUGCACCCAUAUGAGUAAGUGGAAAACUUCUUUACAGGUUAUAUGAUAAACAUGUCACUGACUUCCAGACAUGUUGAUUAUUCUAGUAACGGGAUAUUUUUGAAGGAAGUGAUCUCAUAGUGGUUAUUUUUAUUUUUAUCACAUCAAUGAAAAGAUGUACAGGUGAGAGCAUUUUCGAUACUGGUACUGUAAUUGUUUGCCAGGGUGUCCAUGCUGCUAAAAGCAAAGUCUACUAUUACUCAUACAUUGUACACCCAGUGUAGGAAAUGUUUUUGUCACAUUUCAAUUUGGAAAGCAUUCUCCACUCAAAUAUUACUAUACUUUACUUAGUUCAUGACAAAUGUUUUAUUCAGAUACCAAUUUGGAUCUGCAUGAUACUCUUACAAUAUGUAGCAUUGAUCUUCUGUUAUGAAAUAUGUAAUAUUGGGUGUUAAGUUGCCCAUUUAUGUUGAAACUAUGAAAAAGAUGUAUUUUUCUAAGGGAAAGCCAAUUUUGAGAUAAGUUUUAUACAGAAACUAUAUAUAUUUGCAUUGCUUUUCUAAUCAAAAGUAUAUCCUAAAAAUAUUUAUUAUGUAAUCAUAUCUCCCUAAUGGAAACAUUAGGAUGUGUUAUGCCCCAGUGAGUGCUAUCUGUUUUGGGUAGGCAUGCAAAUGCGGUAUGUGAUUUACUAGUACAGAUACUAUUAUGAGCAUGUUUUAACAUUGCAGGAAGUGUGAUACCAGCAAUGUUAACAGUGAACUAUUUAUAAAGAAAAGUAAAGGUUUAAAAUGAAAUAGUACUGUUCAUUCAGAUAGAUAAUUCCAAUUCUGCAAGUAAGUUUCACAGAAAAUAGUCAGUGAGGAUUUUUUCUCGUUUUUAUGAUUUAUACAAAUAAUCUGUGAUAAAGAUGUAUACAGGAUUUUUUUUUCCAUUUGAGACAUCUGAAAUAUUGCAAGUUUCCGGAGUCACUUAUUAUGAAGAAGAGAUUACUAACAAAAUUUAAGUUUUAGCAUUAAUCAAUACCUGUUAUCCAGAGAUUCUUGUAUAUAAGAUAGUGAGCAUGAUAAAAAUGUGUAUAAUAAUAAUAAAAAACAUUCUCUUACCUCAAUAGAAAAGAUAAUAAAGCUGAGUGUAUAAUUUAUAGGUACCUAAGCAUAUAUAUAUAUAUACUACACAGAACCAUGUAAGUAGGAGAUAAAGGAUAGUAAUAUAUCAUAGAAAAGUCAUUUAAUAUUAUUUUGAAAACCUCAUACAUUUAAAGAUUUGUUUACAGUAUGGAAAUGCCAGAGUAGAAAUAUUGUAUAUUUUCCUUUAUCACUUUUAUUUUCUAAAGAAAGAAAACAUUGAUUAAUACAUUGAAAGAUAUAAAAGUAAAUAUACAGUUGCUAUGUUAGAUAAAAGAACCUUAUUUUAGUAUUUCACAAUGGAGUUGCUAUUCAUUCAAAAAUACUGGAAUAAAGUAUGUCACCUUAUAUAUGUAUAUGUAAUUUGGAAAAAAAAAAAAUAUGUAACUUAUAUUUUUCCAAUUAUAUUGUAACACAAGUGUUCUGUUAUAAGGAGAAAAGGAAAAGAAAAGCUUGGUGGGGAUAGUUUUACCUUUGUUUUAUUUCAGCACUGGACCCAUCUUUUUAUCAUUAUAGUCAUGAUAUAAGUUUGCCAUUUAUUAUUAAGGAGUACUUACUAUCCUAUCCACUGUUCUUGGUCACAUGAUCAAUACUUUACUUGAGAAUUUUGUGAAGUGUGAAGUUGUUAUUCUGAUUUUUAAAAUAUGCAUAGUAUCUUCACAUUGAGCUUACAGUUAAAGUGUCCUUUUAGUUUAAAAUAAAGUUAUUUUUCCAUCUA